CAGCUGCUUGUAAACAAAUUUUUUGUUUUGUUGAGUGUGCCGGCAAAAAUAUAGCGCCAAAUGGUGAAAUAUUGAAGUUGGAAACACAUAUUUGUGAUUUUAAUUUAAAAAUGGAGAGUGAACACGAUAAUAAGCCAUCAACAUCGAAAGCAAUCGUAAGCAAAAAAACUGAGAAAUCAUACGAGGAACGCUGUCCAGAAAAAGACGCUACCGACGAGCAUUUACCAACGGAUGCCAAUACUUCUAAUGUUGAGGAAUCUGGAUUUCAAGAUGACGAUGAAGCCUUAGCAAAUGUUAUGACCGCUGAGGAAUAUUUACAGCGUAAGGAUGUAGUAAUGCUGGAGUACGAGCGGCAAAUGUUUCUUGAUAUAGUUGGUUCGGAUGGACUUACGGUAUGCGCAAAAGGCUUGCACUACGAUCGCGUUGUUACAAACAUUUUGAAGGUUUACAGUGAUCCAGGCAAUCUUGUGAUUGUAAUUAAUUUUUCAGAUUGGGAGGAGAAAUAUUACAAAGCCAAAUUGGAGCAUAAAUAUGUACAUGAGGUAGCUGCGACUGCGACUGAGCGAGAACGUGUUUAUUUAGACGGUGGCAUACAAUUCAUCAGCACUCGCAUUUUGGUUGUAGAUAUAUUAAAGAAUCGUAUACCCAUCGAAUUGAUUACUGGCAUUAUAGUGUUGCGUGCACACACGAUCGUCGAAUCGUGUCAGGAAGCCUUCGCCUUGCGGCUUUUUCGUAUGCGAAACAAAACUGGUUUCAUUAAAGCAUUUUCGAGUAGCGCUGAGGCAUUCACCAUCGGUUACGGCCAUAUAGAGCGCACAAUGCGCAAUCUUUUCGUAAAACAACUUUACAUUUGGCCACGUUUCCAUGCAAUCGUACAGCAGUCACUGAAACCAUACGAAGCGCAAACGAUUGAGUUGCAUGUGCCCAUGACGCAGAAGAUGACACAGAUACAAACGCAUUUGCUGGAUAUAAUGAAUUAUUUAGUGCGCGAAAUAAAACGUAUUAAUCGCCUGGUCGAUUUGGACGAAAUAACUGUGGAGAAUUGUGUAACGAAAAAGUUUCAUAAAAUACUUCAGGCGCAGCUGGACUGCAUUUGGCAUCAACUGAACUCGCAAACGAAACUGAUUGUGGCUGAUUUGAAAAUUUUGCGCAAUCUAAUGAUUUCAACAAUUUACCAUGAUGCUGUAGCGGCUUAUGCGCUCACCAAACGCUAUCGCACCACAGAGUACGCGCUCAGCAACUCCGGUUGGACAUUGUUAGACUCAGCCGAGCAGAUAUUCAUUUUGUCCAAAGAGCGUGUUUAUAAUGCACAGGGCGAAUUUGAACCCGAACCCUGCCCGAAAUGGAAACAUUUAGCCGAAAUACUAAAAGUCGAAAUACCAGCAGAUAUGAAGCGGACGCACCCGGACUGUUUGGAGCCUCCCAAGGUGCUUAUACUUUGUCAAGAUACACGCACAUGCUUCCAAUUGCGUCAGUUUCUCACACAAGGCGGUGAGCGUUUUCUCUUAUACGCUGCCAUGCAACACGAGAUACCGAUUGGUAAAUUGGCUGAAAGCUAUGACAAAGUUAAGAAUGUGAAAGAAAUUGAAAAAGCCCUAACCCAAAUACAACAGUCCGCAGCAAAUCAACGUGUCACACAAAAGUUAAGUGGCAUGCAGAAAAAAGCACAAGCGAGCACCAUUGAAACUGCGUCCGCCGAAGCGGAAGAAAAUGCAACCAUGGAUGAGCUAGCACAAUUGCUGACCAGCACAGAUGGCGACGAGCCACUCUCAACGACGUUAUUUCAAGAAAGUUAUCUAUUGACCAUGACACAACUGAGCGAUAUCGAUGUAACAUCAUCGACAUUCGCCGAAUUUGAAGAUGCCGCAAAUGCCAGUGGUGCGGCAGCGAUUAAUAUGAAUGCUUCCAUAUUUGAGCCCUUCCCAGAGUUAGAAAACUUAGACAUAACCGCUGCGGUGACGGCACGCAAUCAGCCAUUCAUCUGUAUACAGACCUUUAAAACGGAGUGUGAAGGUCCAAUGGCACUCGAUCGCAUACUCGAGGAGGUACAGCCACAGUAUGUGAUCAUGUAUCACUGUAAUGUGGCUGCCAUCAGACAGUUGGAGAUACAUGAAGCACGUCAACGGCGCCCAGUUAAUGAACGCAUGCGCGUAUUUUUUCUCAUACACGCACGUACGGUGGAAGAACAAUCGUAUUUGACGAGUUUGCGUCGCGAAAAGCAGGCGUUCGAAUUGAUUAUUGAAAGGAAGCGUGUUAUGGUCAUACCGGAGUAUCAGGAUGGUAAAACAGACGAAGCAUUUAUACUCUACAAAACCUAUGCCGACGCCGAUGGCGUUGAGGAGUCUAAUGCCGUUACACGUGAUGCUGGCGGUCAAGCGGGGCUUGUGCCGUUUGCUGCGCCCAAAAUAAUCGUGGAUAUGCGUGAAUUUCGCUCUGAUCUGCCAUGUUUAAUACACAGACGUGGCAUGGAAGUGUUGCCAGUUACUAUAACGAUCGGCGACUAUAUACUUACACCCGAUAUCUGCGUCGAGCGCAAGUCGAUUUCCGAUCUUAUUGGAUCCCUUAAUUCUGGACGCUUGUACAAUCAGUGCAUACAAAUGCAGCGUUUCUACGCAAAGCCGAUAUUGCUGAUAGAAUUCGAUCAGAAUAAACCCUUCCACUUGCAGGGCAAAUACAUGCUUUCACAGAAUACCACGUCGAAGCAUUCGGAUAUUGUACAGAAGCUACAAUUACUCACCAUACACUUUCCGAAACUGCGACUCAUUUGGUCACCCAGCCCAUAUGCCACGGCGCAACUCUUUGAGGAGCUUAAGCUGGGCAAAGAACAGCCGGAUCCGAAGCAAGCUGCCGCCGUGGGCUGUGAUGAGCCGGGCAUCAGCAAUGAAGAGCUGAAAUAUAAUCCAAAUAUUUAUGAUUUUCUGCUGCGCUUGCCUGGCGUCAAUACGCGCAAUGUGCACAAACUCAUGCGUCAAGGUGGCUCGCUGAAGGCGCUGCUCAAGUGCACGCAGGAGGAGAUCGGCGAUAUGCUCGACUCGCAGGAGAAUGGUCGCAUGCUGUGGGACGCGUUACAUGUGGCACAUUUGCCCGAAAAGGAUGAGGUGUCAGGCGCAGCGGCUCUGGUUGCAGGCAAGGCUGUUGGCACGCACUCGCGUUUUCGGCGAGGCGCUGCCGCUUCAGUGGCGGCGCGUGGUAUGCAGCGACGUUUCAAGAAUUAAAUACAAUCUCUACUUUAAGUUAAAUUAUUUUUGUUUUUUCGUUUUAUACUUAAUAAAAUAUAAUGUUGCGAGUA